UCGCCUGCAAUUGUCCUGCACAUUUCCCGCCUCCCCUGUCUCUCUCCNCUUUUCUUCUCUCUAUAUCGUCUCCUCUCUCUCUCUCUCUCUCUCUCUCCAUUUUGUCUCUCUCUACUUUCUCUCUCUUUUUUUUCUCUCUAACUUUUAACACAGCACAACAACAUCACCAGAUCAAGAGAAGGAAACGCUCCAUCAUCCAGAGAAGGAAGAGCUAUACGGCCAUAGCCAGUCUCUCUGUCUAGAGUAGGAAGAGCUUUUUUCCUGUGAGAUGGAUUCAACUGCUCUCUUCAACCAAUUGAAGGCUGCAGAACCAUUUUUCCUUUUAGCUGGUCCUAAUGUUAUAGAAUCUGAGGCGCAUGUUCUGAAGAUGGCUGGAUAUAUUAAGGACAUCACCUCAAAGCUUGGGCUGCAGUUGGUUUUCAAAUCCAGCUUUGACAAAGCUAAUCGUACAUCGUCAAAAUCAUUCCGUGGUCCAGGCCUAGAAGAAGGCUUGAAGAUACUUCAAAAGGUCAAGAUGACUUUUGAUCUUCCUAUUGUGACAGAUGUGCACGAGGCAAGCCAGUGUGAACCUGUUGGGAGGGUUGCUGAUAUCAUUCAGAUUCCAGCUUUUCUAUGUCGCCAGACAGACCUUCUAGUUGCAGCUGCAAAGACUGGGAAAAUAGUGAAUAUUAAGAAAGGCCAAUUUUGUGCUCCUUCGGUCAUGGUAAAUUCUGCAGAAAAGGUUCGAUUGGCAGGGAAUCAAAAUGUAAUGGUUUGUGAGCGGGGCACCAUGUUUGGCUAUAAUGAUUUGAUUGUUGAUCCCCGCAACUUGGAGUGGAUGAGAGAAGCAAAUUGUCCUGUUGUUGCAGAUGUUACUCAUUCCUUACAGCAGCCUGCUGGCAAAAAGCUAGAUGGUGGUGGUGUUGCAAGUGGCGGUCUUCGUGAACUCAUACCCUGUAUUGCAAGGACAUCAGUUGCGGUUGGGGUUGAUGGUAUCUUCAUGGAGGUACACGACGAUCCGCUGAAUGCUCCAGUUGAUGGUCCAACACAGUGGCCUCUGCGCCAUUUGGAGGAGCUACUCGAAGAGCUCAUUGCAAUUUCAAGGGUCAGCAAAGGAAAACAACCAUUCAAGAUUGACCUCACUCCAUUUCGUGGUUAAGGUAUGACAACUCAUGUAAUGACAUUUUAAGUGGGUGCGGAGCUCCAUGAUCCGGCCUGGCAGGCUCCUUCCUAUUGCUUCCAAGAAGAUGAAGAAAAGCAUCUCCUCAUAAAACCAAAGAAAGGGGUAAACGAGGAUUUCAGAAUCCCUGGUGGAAAUGACGUUUCACUCGUCGGCGAUGAUUUGGAUUUGUCUCCGACUCUUUUAAGUUUUAAAAAUAGCCGAUCCGGAUGGGGUUCUUAGAACCCUUGGUGUUGUUCGUGAGCGAUGAUUUGGAUUUGUCUGGGACUCUUGGGUUUUGAGAAUAGCCUAUCCUGAUGGGAUCAAAGAAAGAUAGGAAAGACGGCUCUAUGCAUUUUUUUUUAUUUUCAAUAUUUUUUUGCUAGAUCAUUAUUUCAGCCAAUCCAAAUUGGUCUAGCAGAGGGCCGAUCCAUUUUUUAAAAUUGAGUUAUCAAUA